AUGGAUUCUGGCGGUAGGACACUCAAAAACAAAACAAAAGCCAUAAUUGAGAACUUUUGGUUGAGAUCCUUGCACAAAGCAGAUACAGAAUCGUGGAAUUAUAAGGAUUUACAACUCCCUCUAGCACGAAUAAAGAGGUUGAUGAAAGUUGAAGAAGAAGUCAAGAUGGUGGCAUCAGAGGUGCCCAUUCUUUUCUCCAAGGUUGCCGAAAUGUUUAUUGAGGAGCUGACACUCAGAGCCUGGAUCAACACUGAGGAAAACAAAAGACGCAUAUUACAGAAGAAUGAUUUAUCAGCGGCCGUGAGAACGUCGGACGUGUAUGAUUUCCUCAUUUUUAUUAUCCCGCGCAAUGAGUUAGACCCAGCAUACACCGCAUAUGAAGAUAACCAGGGAGUAGAAGAUAAUAUGAAGCCGUUUUACAAUGACGGUCAGUUCUACGGCAAACACACAGACGGCCUGAUAAAUAAACAGCCGGUAAACCACGACUAUGCGAAUUACACCGUUAAUGCGCCUACGGCAGAGAAUAACUUACCGCAACAUGAACGAUAGAACACUUCAUUUAUUUUCGUGUAUAUAAAUUAAAAAGAUUACGAUACAAUAUUUACC